CGUGCGCAUUGUUUAGUCAGUGUUCGCUAGCGGCAGGGAGGCGCGCGUUUUGUUACACUCCGUCGGUGACGCAAUCUUUCAAAAUAAAGAAAACAUGGCUCCACCAAACGAUGGCUGGACAGAAGAACUAUCUAUAAGAUUGAUUCGUGAGUUCAAAGCCAGGCCGAUGUUGUGGGAUAAAUCCCACAACCUCUUCUACAAGCCGCAGACCAAAAUGGAAAUAUGGGAGGAGAUCGGAGCCAUCAUCGGCAUGCCCGCGAAAGCCUGCAAGCAUAAGAUGAGCAUUCUCAUGUCAUCUUUGAGAAGAGAAAAGUGCAAGCUGCGGCGCCUAUCAAAUGGUAAACCCUACAAAUAUGUGUCAAGGUGGUUCGCCUUCAAAGAACUGAGCUUCUUAUGGAGUAACUCCGCAGAUUAUUCUUCGUAUUUAAAUGAAUCGGGAGAAAAUGAAGAAAUCAACUUAGAAAAGAGGGAAUUGGAUACAGGUACAGAUUUAAUACUGGUAGAAGGUAUGAGAUGUGAACAAGAACCAGGUAUGGAGUAUGAACAGAUAAAAUAUGAAGUGGUAUCUGAUGAUGAAGAUUACCAGAUUGGUUCUCCUAUGUCAGGACACACUAUGCCUAUAGAAGCACAAGUGACACCUAAGCCUAGCACAUCGGCUGAUGAAGAUGUGGAAAUAAAAGCUUUUACAGAAUUUAUAGCGGCGAAGUUGAGGAAGUACGAUGUUAAAACUAAAAACACUCUACAAAGACAAAUCUGUAAUAUUAUAUUUGAAGCUGAUCAACAAAACGGGAAUUAGUAAUAAGGUGCUGCUGAAUGUGAUAGGUAUUGUGAUACAAGUGUGCUACCGAGAUCAAGUUUCGAAUUGAUAACGACUAUUUUUAUAAUUCUUACAGUAGUUAGUGUGAGUGAUUUAAGUAAUAAACAAUGACUGAUUAUUAUUAACAAAUGAAUGAUUU